UGAAAAUACUUGGGAGCGGAGGUUGAAUCCAUUGAUUAUUUUGACGAUGUAACUGUUCUCUGCACGGAAACUGUGACAGUUUGAAUGAGAAACCUCUUCAUUUUGUGCAUAGCCAUCGCAAGAAGGGCUUAUGUGCUCCCUGCAGCUUGAUUUCCGACUCGGGCCGCUCAGUGUUGCCGGUGUAGAGUCCGUUUCAGCUGCACUGCAUCAACAUGGGUGUGAUUGGUGUGCAGCUGGUGGUUACCAUGGUAAUGGCCAGUGUAAUUCAAAAAAUCAUACCUCAUUAUUCCUUCGCAAGAUGGCUACUCUGCAGCGGCAGACCGAGUACAAACUUGCAUUUGAGAACCUGAUGGUAACGAUUCUGCGGUGGUAUCAGCACCCUACGGAAGAUGAGUUGAGGAGCUUAGCUGGGAAACAAAAAGGACAGAAGAGGAAAGACAGAGAGGAACGAAGAGAUGAGACGCAGACGCUUGAGAUGGACAGACACCACAGGCAUGUUGGCGAAGAGAUGAAGCUGAUGUGUUUACGUGGCUCAUUUAAGGCCUGUUUGAAGAAGUACAAUGGUCACAUAGACAAUAAGCCGCUAACAGUUCCCAAGGACAUAGACUUGCAGCUGGAGACAAAAUCCAUCACAGAAGUUGACACAUUAGCAUUGCACUACUUCCCAGAAUUCCAGUGGUUGGUGGAUUUCACAGUAGCCGCCACUGUGGUCUAUCUGAUAACAGAACUAUACUACAGUGUGGCUCAGCCCUCAGGAGAGAUGAACAUCAGUGUGGUCUGGUGCCUGCUAGUACUCUCAUUUGUAAUUAAGACCCUUUUUUCUCUAACGGCCCACUACUUCAAGCUGGAGGAAGGAGGCGAGCGCUCACUUUGUAUUACGUUUGCUUUCUUCUUUUUUGUCAAAGCCAUGGCCAUUCUCAUUGUCACUGAAAACUACCUGGAGUUCGGUUUGGAGACAGGUUUUGCAAACUUCUCUGACAGUGCUUUACAGUUUCUGGUGCACCAGGGCUUAGAGUCCCAGGGUCCCAUAUCUAAACUCACCUUCAAGCUGAUCCUGGCCCUGCUCUGCUCUCUGAUUGGAGCUUUUCUAACUUUCCCUGGUUUACGAUUGGCACAGAUGCACCUAGAUGCACUCAAUCUAACCACAACCAAAUUUACACAGACUCUGCUUCAUAUCAACUUCCUUUCCCCUCUUAUUAUGGUCCUGCUGUGGGUGAAGCCCAUUACCAAGGACUACAUAAUGAACCCCACUCUGGGAAAGGAGAGUGUGCCUUUGAUGACUGAGCAGACAUAUGAUACGCUGCGGUUAUGGGCCAUCAUACUGAUGUGUACGCUCCGGCUCGCUAUGAUAAGACAUCAUUUGCAGGCCUACCUCAACCUGGCCCAGAAGGGUGUAGACCAGAUGAAGAAGGAGGCGGGGCGUAUAAGUACUGUUGAUCUGCAGAAGAUGGUUGCACGUGUUUUUUACUACCUAUGUGUAAUCGCACUACAGUAUGUGGCACCGCUGGUGAUGCUGCUGCAUACAACUUUGCUGCUAAAAACCUUAGGUGGACACUCCUGGUGGGUCUAUCCUGAAGAAGACCUGCCCUGCACCCAUGAAAUGAACUCAGACUCGGUAACGGGGGCAGCACAGAUAGCAGUCCCAACACCAGCUUCAGUGGUAGAAACAGGAGCUCGGGCAUCAGUAGACCAGCUGUCAGUGGCCCUGGGAGGCCUGCGGACUGUCUUCAGCCCCAUGCUUUUCCGAGGCCUCUUUUCCUUCUUUACUUGGUGGAUUGCUGCCUGCCUCUUCUCCACCUCCCUCUUUGGCCUCUUUUACCAUCAGUAUCUUAUGGCGGCAUAGCAUCAGCAACCCAGCAGCAGCAGCCAGACCCCCACAGGACUGUUGUAUAUUCAACCUGGUCAGAAAGGACUGAGUGGCAGCAACUGAGGCCUGUUCUUCCCUCCUUUUAUCCACCUCUUAAUGACUGAUCAUAUCAUCUGAACUCCUGGUUCAACGUCUAGUGCUUCCUCCACAGAUGACUCUGUGAACUCUCAGCAUUGUUUUUGCUACUAUGACCUCUACCUUUUAUUUGGAGAGCAACGUUUGUAACCUUAAUGGACAGACUAAAGUACGAAUUAGAAGAUUAUUGUCAGUGUACUGACAUAAAAGUGAGUAACUGAUCCAGUUCGCUGUAUGAAAUCUUAAUGAUACUGUAUCUCUGAUUAGUUAAUUUUAAACAUUAAAAUGCGGUAUGGCAGUUCUUUUCAGUUCCACCAGUUUAAGGGGAUCCAAUGGGGAAAGUUCAGAUCGUAUGAGUUUGAUCCACCAACAUCUUCAGAUUCAUGAUGUAUUUUGCUUUAGAAAGCCCUAAAUGCAUUCUUUUACAACUUCAUGCAUGUUAGUUGGAACCAAAAUUUCAGAUUGUUGUCCUCAUUAGAAACUUCCUUCUAUCUUUAGCGGUUAAUAAGUCCCCUUUAAAAUUAUAUUGGCAAUGAAUCACUGACGUAUUCUGGAAAAAAUGUGAAGUUAAUAUCUAUGUUGUCAGUUGUCGACAGAGACUAUUUUUGGAGAUGCAGCUUGUGGUCCUGUUGUUCUGGUGUAUAGCUUUAUACUGACAGGUAUUUCUAUUUUGUCCACCCCCUUUUUUGACCAUGACCGUAGGCUGAGUAACAGAACCAUGUCUCUAUAUAGUACUGGACUGCAUUAAUUUUAGAUAGGUGUACCCAAUAAACUGCCAGCUGUGUAUAUUCUAAUACAUAUCAGUCUAUCAUAGCGAUAACUUCCCUCUGAUACAUUAUUUAGAAGUUUCAUUUAGAUCACAGAAUAUCAUUUAAUCUGGAGAUGUUUUUGGAGGCAACUGAGUGACUUAAUUUUAGCAGACAAAUCAUCUUAAUUUCUUUCUUGUGUUCCGAAGUUUUGAGGAAACAGACAACAGUUUGUUUUUUUUUAUCAAAACUUUAAAAUUUGUGUUUUAAAAGAGAAUGUGCUGUUUUUCCUCAAAUGUUAAAAUUCCAUUGCCACGGACCACAGAAGUGUCUGCAAUAGUCUUAAAAUUUCGCUGUAAGGACUAGUGUGUCUGUAAGAUCGGGGCGGCCUGUGGACAUUCCCAGAUCGGCUGCUUGGGAAGCACUGUCAGCCAACCAGGGUUAGAGAGUGGACAACGGAGGAAGAGUUGUAGCUGCAGAGGAGCAAGACGAGAUGUUAAACUCAUGGGGAGAAUCUCAUGGACUUGAAACUGAUGUAUAUAAAUGCAUCAUCAAGGACAAAGGUUUUUAAAUAAGAGGCGUUUCAAUGGCUAUGUGAUGUUUUAAUUUGCAUUGUAACCUCCCUGAUUUUAACUGAGCCAUUUUUAGAAGCAGUGAGAAAAUUUCAAGCUCUUUUUGAGCAGCUGUGAUGAUCCAAAGGGAGGACAGCACAUAGGGCUCAGCCUAGGUUUGUGCUCGUGUGAACGCGUCUGUCAGCAUGUGGAGGAUCUCUGCUGUAGGUCGGCUGUAAUCUGAAAGGGCAUUGUGAUGAAGAGAUGAUGUCAACUACUGUUGAUAAGCUACUGCCUUUAUGUUCUGCUUUCCUUUUUUUUUGUUUUUACCCAGCCAUUGCUUUUAAUUCAUUUGAGAGCAACUUUUGUUUUUCUUUUUUUUUAAAUGGAUCAAAUUGUUGCUUUGUAAAAGCUGACUGAUUUUUAAAACGGUGCCAAGUGAGUCUGUUCGUCCUGUUCCAAUGGCUGUAGAUUUGGUGUUUGAAACUACAAAUGGACUGCAACUCUGCGGCCUUCUGUUUUCUGUUGAUCCAUACCGAUAAAGAGGGAAUCACUAGUUCUGGUUCACAACGAGACAUAGCGAUAUUUACACCAUCUGCUGUAAUUCUUGGUAAAUGUACGCACAGUCACUGUGCUGAUGAUGCACUGGGCCUGCUUGAUUGUCCAGUCUUUUCACGAAUGUAGGGUACGUGGUGCCAGAUUAAUUGCAGGUCACGCUGUCUUGUGGUUCUCUGGCAUUUUAGUUUGCCAUGAUGUUUUGUAUGGAACACAUUUUACAAGGUCAAGCAGCAGCAUAUCACAUUGUUCGCUCCUGAUGUUUGAAAGUCUUAGUUUCCGUUUGUCUCGUUUAAAUGAUGGAGAAUAUGCACAUAAUGAAUGUAUCAAUCCUGCCUAAUUUCUGGACUGUUUUCAGGAAAAUGAUUUGUAUAGUGUGUUGAAUUAACACCUCCUAUCCCUACGCCCCUGCGCUUCUUUACCUGUCUGCUACCAUCUGUUCAAUCUGUCAAGCAAAAUCUAAUUUGUCCUAGUGACUGUUUUUAUUGAUUGAUUUGUCUUUGUUUUUGUAUUUAUUGCACAUGCUGAGGCCUGUAAACAUUACUGAUUUUAACAGUAGACACUUUAAUUUAUUAGAGCUUGAUAACUUAAAUCAGUUUUGAGAAUGUGUUUGAUAAAUCAGUUGCAAAUUAACCUUUUUUCUUAGUAGUGUGGUUAUUUCAGUUCACAGGUAGCUGGGAUGCAUUCAGAAUUAACUGGCCUGAUGAGGCAUUGUUUCUUUUUGCUACCACUGAAAGUGUUUAUUAUUCAUUGUUGAGUUCAUAAAGUAAAUUACACACAUUGUUGUUCUUUCAUGUUUAUUUGUGUUUUAGUUUUUGUCUUAAAUAAAUUGUUUUGUUUGUUUUU